AUGCCCUUGCCCAUCUACAGGGUUUCCUGUUUGAAUAAGAUUUUAGCAUUAAGAAAUAACUAUUUUCCUCAUGCACUUGACCUCUUGUGUCACAGUGAGCAGGAAGAUGCACUGCAUGAUGCCCUGAAUAAGCAUUUAGCACAGAAUCCCACAGAUGAAGAUGAUGAAACUCAAAGGGAGCUGCAGAAAAAGAGGUUUUUGGAAGAAUUUCCUGAGUUGACAGAGAAACUUGUAGAAAACAUCAGGAGACUUCGAGACCUGGCUGACCAUAUCGACCAGGUGCACAAGGACUGCACAGUCUCCAAUGUGGUGGCCGACUCCACUGGCACUGCCUCUGGACUCCUGGGCAUCCUUGGUUUAGUUCUGGCACCCUUUACAGCGGGGGUUGGUCUGGCGCUCACAGCAACUUCAGUUGGGCUGGGAGCAGCGGCAGCUGCAACUAGUUUCACGACCAACUAUGUGGAAACAUCAAACAGAGAGUCAGAUGAGGCUGAUGCCAAGAAGGUGGUUAAUGCCAGCAUUGACACACUACAUGAUAUUUUAAUGAUCAUUCCUAAGAUCAGUGUCAAACUUCAUUCUAUGUGUGAGGAUAUAGACAAAGACAGCCAAAAGACGAGGCAACAGUUACUUGUCGUAAAGUCAAUUGCUGGCAUUUGUCGUUCAUUCUGUUCUACCAGUGUGGCCACAGGAAUCAGCCUUGCAAGAGGACUCACUGCUGCAAGAGGACUUAACCUUGUAAAAGGAUUCAAAGUUGCAAGAGCAGGCUUUAUUGGUGUAAUGCUUGGCAUAGAUAUAUAUAACCUUGUAAAUAGCUCAAUGGAUUUGCACGGUGGAGCAACAACAGAGUCAGCUGGAGCGCUGCGGGACCUGGCUCAGAAGCUGGAGGAGAAGUUGCAGGAAUUUGAGCAGAUCCACAAGGCUCUGCAGUCAGACUUAUUUCAGUGACUUUUCCGACAGUAGCUAAGAGUUCAGGGGAGAUGACAUGUACAGGAGUGGGGAUAGGGAGGCAUGCUGUCAAAAAAGAAAUAGUGUGAUGUUAAGUCUGUGGAUCUGAGUGUGUAGUGAAGAGUUUGUAUUUCUGUGUCCGAGCACAGCAAGGUCAAUGCAGACAGCCAGUGACUCAAGGAGAAGACAGAAACUGGAGUCUGAAAGAAGGGGCCAGAGUGAAUGAGAGAGUGGGGAGUGGGACAGAAACAUGGUGGGUGUGAACAGGAACAAACAAUGAGAAGGCAGGAAAACUGGGGAGCUGAGAAUGGGAGAAAGCCAGAGUGGGAGUUCUGGGUAUGGAGAAGACACAGCAGGACACCACAUGCCCUCCCUGAGGGAAGGGUCCCUGUGACCUCUAGGCUAUUCUUCCCAGCGUCAGCAGGA